UACACCUAGAGCUAUCGGUAUCACUGCUGUUCACAGCGACCUACAGGGAAGCUCCCCACGUAAACACAAGGAUUACACAGUUUCCAGCCGGAGGCAAAUUUUUCUUUAUACACAGAGGCUACCAGCGGUCAGCAACCCGAUAAUGUACGGCACGCCACGUGGUAUAAAUUGACCAGCAACCAUCUCGACAUUUGGUCAGGAAGUGAACACCAUAAAAAGUGCGUUUCCAUGUGAAGUGGAAGGACGACACUCUACACCAUGCAUCGUUCGACUAGACUGAAGAUCACAGAGCUGAACCCUCACCUCGUGUGCGUCCUCUGCGGGGGCUACCUCAUCGAUGCUACCACCAUAGUCGAAUGUCUACACUCCUUCUGUAAGACUUGCAUCGUCCGGUACUUGGAGAGCAGUAAGUUCUGUCCCAUUUGCGAUGUUCAGGUCCACAAGACGAAACCUCUCUUGAAUAUAAGGUUGGAUCAUACACUACAGGAUAUUGUCUACAAAUUAGUGCCAGGCUUAUUCAAAGACGAAAUGACAAGACGGCGAGAAUUUUAUAAGGACCAACCAAACGAUGCCAAUGCGGCAUUAGAAUUACGAGGAAAAGCGAGAAGUCCCGGAACAUGCAUCGGAGACGACGAGGAAGAUGAACAGAGGGAACGGGUCAUCUACUCAGAGGAUGAACAAAUAAGCCUGGCCCUACAACUAAGUAUCAAUGGUAGACCACCCAGCCGAAGUCUUGCGGAGAACGGCAAGGACAUGAACAGUAAUGUGCACGACUGCCGUUACCUAUUGUGUCCUGCCGCUGUCACGAUUGGACAUCUCAAGAAAUUCAUCAAAAUGAAGUUUAGCCUUUGUGAUAGAUUUCAGAUCGAUGUGUACCACACCGACGAAUCCCUGCGGGAUGAGUAUACGUUGAUGGAUGUUGCCUACAUAUAUUUAUGGAGACGGAGAGGACCCAUGAAAUUGUUUUAUACUGUCUACACCAACCCUGCCAAACGAUUUAAGAAAUCUCUCUCGUGCACAGUGACGUCACAUUUGCAAUUGGAGCAAUCUUCUAAUAAACGUGAAAUAGACAUUGACAAGAAAACCACGUCACAGGAAAGUGCCAUAGCUGCGGCAUCCGCUGUCUUGUCAUCUACAAAGUCAUCAUCCGACAUGAAAGCGAAAGAGCCUCUUCGAACAACAGAACCAAGUGUCCCCAAAACAGUGGAACCAAGCAAAAGUCCGACUGUAUCAAGUACCGUUGUGACGUCAUCGAUUUCUGUGGAGAAUGGUUUUCAUGCUCCACAUACACCAACUCCCCCAUCUUCAACCCCCUCCCCUACAGCUUGUGUGAGGAAGGAGGUAAAUAAAACCCCAGAAAAGACGUUACCGAAAGAGCGAAACGGGACAAAUCCUGUCGUUCUCUCAACACCCAGAUUGAACGGUAUGAACUUGAUAUCCACGUACGCUUUGAUGAACGGGAACAGCCAUCUCAGUAGACAUGAUAGUAACGAUGUGGCUCAGGACUUGAGCAUUAAAAAGAAAACUCCUCUGAAAGAGCCUACAACUAACGGAAACAAACCGAUGGCGCCAAAAUCAAACGGGCUUCUCCCGAAUGGGGAGAUUGAUAGAUUUGCCUUCACAGACGAGGAUGAUGAUUUGCCAGUCCCGCCACUUAACAGUCAUAAACUUCACCAUCAAAUCAAGGCCGAACCGGUCACAAUAGACUGACACGUUACCAACACGUGCUGGUCAGUGACUGACACGUGAGCAUUGUACAUACCCAGAGAGGGUUGAAAUUAUGAUGACGUAUCGGCAGCUUUUGUGUGACAUAUUGAUUUGAAACAAGGAUUUUGAGGAUUGCUACUGAAGAUUUUAACAUUAGCGAGAACGGCGUAUCGGUAUAUUGUGUUGACAACGUGCUGU